AUGGAUGAAACUACAGACUGUAGUACUAUUAAACAGCUUGCGUUCACAGUUAUUUAUUUUAAUGUUGAAAGCAACAAAGUUGAGACCCAUUUUUUUGAUAUGAUAGAGAUCAAAUCCGGAGAUGCCAUAUCUUUAGUGAAGUAUUUAACAAAUGUGAUAGAAUCAAAAGAAAUACCACUAUCGAAUCUCAUAGGCUUCUGUUCAGAUACUACGAACGUAAUGAUUGGAGAGCACAACUCAGUGUUUUCUCAUUUGAUAGCCGCAUUACCUAGCGUAGCGUGCAUCAAAUGUUCCUGCCACUCAAUACAUUUAGCAGCAUCUAAAGCAUGCUUAAAACUCUCACGAUCUGUCGAAGAUCUUAUAAGAAACUUGGGGUCGCACUUCAGCCGCAGCUCUUUUAGACAAGAAAAAUUCGCAGAGUUUCAAGCUUUUCUUCAAUGUGAUUUACACAAAAUUUUGAACGUAGCUACAGCACGCUGGCUGUCUAAGAAAAACUGCGUAGAUCGUGUGUUACAACAGUAUACUCCCCUGAGAGAAUAUUUGAGACUAGCUGUUUUCGAGGAUCCCUCUAAAACAACCGAAGAAAUGGUGGCUACAAUGGAUAAUGAGUUCACGGUUAUUUAUUUAGAAUUCAUGUCUUAUACUUUAGGUUUGCUGGCUCUAUUCAAUUUAUUGUUUCAGUCAGAAACACCACUGCUAUAUAAAAUGAAAUCUUCAGUCGAAAAUCUGUUGAAAACUGUGUGUAGCAAUUACAUCACAUUUUCUUAUGUGAAGUCUUGUACUGAUAUAAUGAAAAUUGAGUUUGAUAACGAAUCCAAAUAUGACAGAUUGGACAGAGUGUAUCUAGGUGUAUUAUCUACCGAAAGCUUACAAAAGUUAAAAAAUAAAAAACAGGUUCCUGAAACUGAUGUCAAUAUGUUUUUGAUAACUUGUCGCAGCUAUUAUGUGGAGUUGGCUAAACAAAUCCUAAAGAGGUUUGACUUUAAAAGACAGUCUUUUUAA